CCUACCUGCAUCCGCAGUUGCCGAGGUAUCCUCAUGCACCAGAAGACCUGUCGAGGCCUCCUUCUGGACCUGCUAAAGCUUUAGAUCUCCUGCAGCAUCAUGCAAGUCAAUAUGCAUAUGCCAGCACACACAAAAUACACGAGUUGCAAGAACGAGCCCUAAAAUCACCUACACCAAAGGCACCAGCUUCGGCAGCAUCUCCAUCGGGUCCGGUAGGACCGUUACCUCCCGGUGGGCCACAGCAGGCAGUGGCACCAGGGCAGCCACCGGCCGGUGCACCGCCGGGACCAGUACCUCCCGCACCACCAGGCAAGCAGGUGGCCGCUGCAACCGGCAAUGGCGGUGAUGGGAAGGAAGCGCGGUCGCCACCUCCGCAGCGCCACGUUCACACGCACCACCACACGCACGUCGGCUUGGGCUACCCUUUGUUGGCUAGCCAGUACUCCACACCUUACGGAGCGGCUGUGCUAGCGAGCCAGCAGGCGGCAGCCGUGGCCGCAACGGUCAUCAAUCCGUACCCACCAAAGUGAAGUGCGCCUAGCUUAUACACAGGCUGCGAAUGUAGCGUACACUUCUGUAUGUGGGAGAGAGACUAUUGGCUUCUUGUUGGACUGAGAGAGAGAGGGAGAGACACUUGUUUUUUUGUAAGUACUGGAUGUGCUGUCAGAGGGACUGCUCAUCUUCUCGCAACAGUACGGGUGUGGUGCUGUUCACACAGUGAGGCACCUUUCAGCGGAAUAGAGUGAGCUGUAUUAUGUGCGUAUGAGUGUGUUUUGGUUGUCUUCACUGACAGUUUGACAUAGUGAAUACUAGUGUAUGCUGUUGUCAGGAAUUGUUUUAUUUAUAGAUUGCCUGGCAAUUGUGAGCCAUUCCAAGUGCAUCUGUUUUCUAGGUGUAUGUGAGAAAGACUGGUGUGCACUGGAAAUUUCUGUUGAAUCUUACCUUGUGUGUGUGUGUGUGUGUGUGUGUGUGUGUGUGUGUGUGUGUGUGUGUGUGUGUGCGCACACAUUAGUGUUAGAGAGAGAGAGAGAGAGAGAGAGAGAGAGAGAGAUUUACUGUAUAAUUGUACCAUAGUGUAACAAGAUUUGUGUAAAUAUUAUAAAGAGAUGACUCGCUGCCCUUUGGGAUGCUUUAGUUUAAGUAGUCUGAAUGUGGAAAGUUUAAACUCUGUGUGUAUUUUUAAUGUUUUUGAAUUAAUUAGAAAAUGGCAAUGUUUAUUAUUCUCUACACAAGGUACAUUUAAUAUUUUUGGUUGAUAUUAUUUUCCAGAUAUUGUGGAAAUAUAUUAACCCGUUCCAGUUUUAGUGGAAUGAGAUGUACAGUAACUGAAAAUCAAAUUAUAUUAUAAUAAAUAUA